AUGCUGCUUAGAAUCCCGGCAUUCUUAGACGGGAACUCUUAUGUUCAUUACCAUGAGUUGUCAGGUCGUUUUAUAGCGGGUAACAGUGAGGGAUUGAUAAAAAUCUUUGACCCUGAGCUGCCAGACUCGGAGCCGCUAUCGGUGGAUAUCCCCGAAAAUUUAACAUCUUUAUCAUCUCUUGGACGUGAUGUACUACUUACGUCUACAGAUGGUAGUUUGGCUGUUUUGUCAAUAUCUGAGUCCCCCAACGGCGACGAGAAAUUCGAAGUUAUUUAUAAAACUGAUCAGCCUUUGCGAGACAGCGCUUACAUCAAUGAAGGAAAAAGAAUUGCUACAGGAGGGGAUUCUGGUGACCUCAUUCUCAUUGAUACUGAUGGUGAUUCUGCUGUGACAACGGUUUCACUAGGCGAGCCCAUCGUAAACAUUUCAUACAAUCCUGCUGGCGAAUUGAUCAGUGUUUGUCUUGCCAAUGGUGAUGUGCAAUUGGUGUCUGUGAUGAACGAGAAUCCUGACGUAAGGGAGAAACUUCCACAAGCUGUACCUGAGAAGCAACCCACUUCAACCGACAUAAUUGACUUUGAUGGGAUUCAUAGACACGAGCUUGUGGCAACAAAGACUCAUUGGCUAGGAAACGGAGAGCUUUUCUUUGUACCAACUACAAAUAAUACGGUUAAGGGUUAUAACAGAGCAAAUUUACAGGAACAAAGAGAACUCAACCCACGUCAAAGCAACCUUAUCUCGUUCACUACAUCACCUAAUCUGAAAUUCAUUCUCACGCUUCAUAAGAACGGUACUCUCGUGCUCUUCGAUGCUGUCAUUGGUGAACUCGUCAAAACAUUUGAGUUGGGCCAGCUUGACCAUUUGCCUUUGAGUGUGGCAUGGAAUGCAAAAGUUGCCUUUGUAGGCACCACAAAUGGUGAGCUCCGUUCAAUCCCUAUAGUUUCUAAGGAUCCUGAGGAAGAGCCUUCAAGUGUUAGAUCCGAAGUUGACUCUUUAUUUUUGGACGAAGCGGAUGAAUCUGAUACAGACCUUCCUCAGGAUCUUUUGAAUGGCCAUGCUGCAGAGAAGCGAAGAGCCAAUGGGCUAGAUGACUCCCGAAUCAUCGACGAGGAUGAAGAGGAUGAUGAUUUCGAGAGUGAAGUUCCUUUUAACAGAAGUGUAGACGAUUACCUUCGUGACAGGCACAAGCGCCAAAGGCUACAAAAUGGCAAAUCGCAUACGCCGCCCCCUCCACUAGUAAGCGCAAGCAGAGUCCUGCUCAAGCCUUACACGCCAGGCUCCACCCCUUGGAUUACCUCAUCCAACACAUCGACUCAAAGACGAUACUUGUUCAUGAACCAAAUUGCAUAUGUGUGGGCUGUAAAAAGUGGAACCGAGUCAAGCAGCAAUCAGCAGAGUAUCACCAUCUCAUUCUUCGACAGGACUAACAACAAAGACUACCACUUUAUUGACAACUUUGACUAUGAUUUAUGCUCUGUAAACGAGAGAGGUGUUCUUCUCGGGAACUCGGGAUUCGAAUCUGGGGGUAGUGAAAAUGGUGGCCACAUCUAUUAUAGGCAUCAUACUUUGACAAACGACGCUUGGGACAGGCAGAUUCCUUUAUUGAAAGGUGAAUAUAUCACAUCUCUCUGUUUAACGAGUUCCACGCUGACCACUUCAAGCGACUCCUUGAUUGUCGUUGGCACAAACUUUGGAUAUUUGAGAUUUUUCAACCUCUACGGUCUUUGCAUAAAUUUAAUGAAGGUUGCCCCUAUUGUCACGUUGAUAUCGUCGCUGAGCUCCAUUGUCUUCACGAUAAAUCAACCGACGCAAGAUAGCUAUGACUACUCCAUCAUCGACGUGAGCGAUGAUUAUAAAUUCCUACAGCAAGGUGCUCCUAUCACGUUGAAGUUGCAUGGUGAUGCUCCACUUAUAAAGGGGCUAUUCUUCAACGAAUUCGGUGAUCCAUGCGUCGUAUCAGGCUUGGAUGAUACAUUGACUGUGCUCUCUCAGUGGAGAGAGACUGGGAACGCCAGAUGGGUUCCCAUUCUCAGUUGCUCCGAGGUUGUGUCAGAUUACGGCAUUACAAAGUCCAAGAGACUCUGGAAGACUUGGCCAUUAGGUCUUCAACGUGACAAAUUCAUCUGCUUGAUCCUCAAGAACGCAAAUACGUAUCCCGGCUUCCCACUAUCAUUGCCACUCGAGCUUGAUAUCAAGUUACCAACAAAGAGCUUCAAGCACCUUAGGGAUUCCAAGGAGAAGACCAAGAAGAGGAAGCCUGGAGCUGACGAUGAUGAGGAAGAGGACGAUGAAAGUGAUCACGCAUCGAAGUUAGAGAAAUUGAACGAGGAAGAUCCCGAGGAAGAAUUUUUGCGGGCAUCAACGCUCGGAAAGCUUCUUCAUAUGACGUUGCCUGAUCUCGAAGAUCAAGAUGAGCUGCUCGAGAGGUUGAACGGCUACAGUGUUGCCUUCGACAAGUCGUUGCUCAAGCUUUUUGCAAACGCGUGCCAAGACCAGAAGCUUAACAAAGCUCUCAGUGUUGUCAAGCUAGUCAAGAACGAUAAAGCUUUGCUUGCCGCCUCGAGGAUCGCUGAGAGAUUUGAGUUCAUGAAUCUUGCUGCAAAGAUCAACAAGCUUAGAGAGGAUUUGCACGAGUUUGAGGAGGAGGAGGAGUAA